AUGGGGAAUACCUUGGCAAAAAGUAUAGCUAUCAGGCUCGGUCGCAGGGAGGAGCCCCAUGACCUGGUCGAGUCGACAACCGAGCCUAACAAUUUGUUUCAGGCAUAUGUCGAGACCAAACCUACUGUUGUUGGGUAUAUCAAAGAGCAUCUUCCCACAAAAACAGGAACUGUAAACUACGUGUACAGCCUAUUUCCGUUCUUGUCGUGGAUUUUUCAUUAUAAUACCACUUGGCUACUUGGCGAUAUUACUGCUGGCGUUACGGUCGGAUUUGUUGUCGUUCCCCAAGCAAUGGCAUAUGCCCUCCAGGCACAAUUAUCCCCUGAAUAUGGCCUAUAUACAUCAUUUAUCGCCAUGUUGCUGUACUGGGCGUUCGCAACAUCGAAGGAUAUCACAAUCGGCGCUGUCGCCGUCAUGUCAACUUUGGUAGGAAACAUCAUCGUCCGUGUACGGGCUGAAUACCCCGAGUUUACUCCAGAUCAGAUUUCACGCGGCUUGGCUCUCAUUUCGGGCACUUUCCUGCUUAUUGUCGGUCUUAUCAGAGUCGGGUGGAUCGUGGAGUUCAUCCCUCUCGUGUCUAUUACCUCGUUUAUGACAGGAGCUGCCAUAAGUAUUGCCGCCGGCCAAGUCCCUGCCUUGAUGGGCAUCUCGGGCAUCAACACUCGAGAGGCGGCCUCCGACGUCAUUAUCAACACGCUGAAGGGCCUUCCAAGGACCAAGAUUGAUGCCGUAAUGGGACUCUCCGCCUUAUUCCUUUUGUAUUCGAUCCGAUGCACUUGUAACUACAUGGCUACUAGACAGUCCAGCAGGAAGCGGCUCUGGUUCUUCGUAUCUACUCUUCGCCUGGCUUUCGUUAUCCUCCUCUAUACUCUUGUCAGCUUCCUUAUUAACCGUGGUGUUACAAAUGUUAAUGAAGCGAAGUUUAAGAUUUUGGGAAAUGUACCAAGAGGUUUCCAGAAGAAAGGCGUGCCAGAUGUCAACACGAAACUGCUGAAAGCUAUAGCCCCGGAGCUUCCGGCCACUAUUAUUGUCCUGAUUAUCGAGCACAUUGCCAUCUCGAAGUCUUUUGGCAGAGUCAACAACUACACCAUCAAUCCCUCUCAGGAGCUUGUCGCCAUAGGGCUUGCGAACCUGUUUGGGCCAUUCUUGGGUGCUUAUCCCGCUACCGGUUCGUUCUCGAGAACUGCUAUCAAGUCGAAGGCUGUCGUGCGAACGCCACUUGCCGGAAUUUUUACAUCGAUCAUUGUCCUGCUCGCACUGUACGCUCUUACGUCUGUCUUCUUCUACAUUCCCAUGAGCAAUACUGGGAGAUGUCCCCCGGACUUUCUCAUCUUUCUGGCCGGCAUCCUCAUGACCAUUUUCACGUCUCUAGAAAAUGGAGUAUACCUGACCAUUGCUUCUGCUGCUGCGUUAUUGCUCAUACGUAUUGCCAGAGCCAAGGGUAGCUUCCUUGGCAGAGUGCGAAUUUACGCAGUUUCCGCUGGAGAUUUAAACUCAAAGAAAGAAGGAUCUGAAAGGCCGUCUCGCGACGCGUUCUUGUCUAUCAUGAAUUGCACGCCGUACAACGAAGACGUCGAAGCAGAGUCGCCAUAUCCAGGCGUUUUCAUUUUUCGAUUUGACGAAGGCUUCAACUACACGAACCAGCAACACUAUCUCGAUAAAUUACUCAAGCACGUGCAGAAGGAAACACGGCCCACGCAACUUGGCAAGCGUACAAAGCUCGGGGAUCGUCCAUGGAACGAUCCGGGACCACGGCGUGGUGAGGUUAACGAUUUGGACGACUCCAGACCAAUCCUCCGCGCCAUCGUCCUUGACUGUUCGUCCGUCAACAGCAUAGAUAUCACCUCUGUUCAAGGUCUCGUCGAUGUCCGUAACGUGCUCAACCAGCAUAGCUACCCCGCGUCCGCCGAAUGGCACUUCGCUAACCUCAACAACCGCUGGACGAGGCGUGCUUUCGCAGCUGCUGGCUUCGGCUAUCCAUCUACGGGACGGAAUGGCACGCUCGGCCAGUGGAAGCCCAUAUUCAGCGUGGCAGCAAUCGAAACAGGAAAUGACAAUCGUCGUUUACGUGUUACGGGCUGUAGAGACGAGGAGAACUGCGUUGACGUUGUCGAGAUCGGACCUGUUAGGUCUGAGGGUAUUGUUGCCCAGGACAAGUUGGCGGCGAUUCAUGGUGUUAAUAGGCCAUUCUUUCACGUCGAUCUUACUGCGGCAGUGGAGAGUGCUGUUGCAAACGCGACAAACAGGGACGCUAAUAUUUCUAAAUAG